AUGUGCCAAAAACAAUGCAGAGAUGAGAAUGGUUUCAAAUGUCACUGCAUGUCAGAGUCCCACCAGAGGCAGCUGCUGUUGGCUUCAGAAAAUCCUCGUAAGUUUAUGGACAGCUUUUCAAAUGAGUUCAAACAGGAUUUUGUGGAGCUUCUCAGAAGACGAUUUGGAACUAAGCGUGUGCAUAACAACAUUGUAUAUAAUGAGUACAUCAGCCACCGAGAGCACAUCCACAUGAACUCCACACGAUGGGAAACUCUAACCGAAUUUACCAAAUGGUUGGGAAGAGAAGGGUUGUGUAAAGUGGACGAAACUCCUAAAGGCUGGUACAUCCAAUACAUUGACCGCGAUCCAGAGACUAUUCGGCGCCAAGAGGAACUGGCUCGCAAGAAAAAGCAUGACUUGGACGAUGAAGAGCGGAGUGCACGUUUUAUAGAGGAGCAGGUCCGAAGAGGCCGUGGAGGCAAAGAGGAAGAGGAGGAAACACCAGGUUACACUGAGCUUAAAAGAGAGACUGAGGAGGAGAAAGUUGUAUUUAACCUUGGUGCCGCUUCGUCUGUUGCUGGACCGUCAAGUUCUUUACUGGGCGCAAGUGCAUUGAAAGCAGCAGCUUCUACUAAAAGAAAAGACAUUUCUUCAAGCGCAAGUUCUAAGGAAGGAAAGAGGAAAAAAUCUGCUCUUGAAGAGAUCAAAGAGAUGGAAGAGCGAAGGAGACAGAAACGGGAACCAAUCAAAACAGACUACUGGCUACAACCAAACAUCAUUGUCAAAGUUGUUACUAAAAAACUAGGAGACCGGUAUCACAAGAAGAAGGCUGUUGUGGUGGAAGUGAACGAUAAAUACACCGCUCUGGUAAAGAUGGUCGACUCUGGAGAUAAAUUAAAACUGGACCAAAAUCAUGUUGAGACUGUCAUACCGGCACCGGGCAAAAAGGUUUUGAUUUUAAAUGGUCAAUAUAGACUCACAGAGGCUACAUUGGAGGGUAUACACGAGAAGAACUUCAGUGCAACACUAACGCUUGACUCGGGUCCACAGAAAGGGCGGACAGUAGAAAACGUCGCCUAUGAGGAUUUCUCCAAACUGGCCUGA